AUGAGCACCUCAGAACUGCUUGCCUUGCGAAUCCGGCAACUUUCAAGACAUACCACAGAUCUAGAACGCACAGCAGAGACCCUCAAAAUAGCUCGUUGCCAAAAUCGAGAACAAUUCAUUCAACGAUUUGAACAUCGCCUUUUGAAGAAAGACUACCAGCCAGGAAGCCUAGUGCUAGUACAAAACAGUCACCUAGAAAUGACCGUAAACCGUUUUAAAACACAUCCACGAUACUUGGGACCUUAUGAAGUAGAGUGCAAGACAUUAGGAGGAAGCUAUAAGCUAAAAGAAUUAGAUGGAACUUCAUUACAGAAAAACGUGGCAGCCUUUCGACUAUACCCCUACAUCCGCAGAGGAAGCCCAGAGUUCGAGGCCUUGAAAGAACCUGAGGAGCAGACAUGGGACCCUAGUGAAUACGUAAACGAAGAAAUAGAGGAAGAUGAAGAGGGUCCAGAUCAGGAAUGGUCAGACUAG